AUGGCGAAGGUAGGGAAGCUCAUCAGAAUUAAGUCAAUGCUGAAAAAGAUGCAGCCCUUCAAGCUCGGCCCUACCAAUUAUAGCUCAAUAAUAGUUGGUAAUUUUUUCAACGAGUGCUCAUCCAAGGAUCUCCACGGCAUCUACAUCGGCAAAUCGCAGCGGCACUACCUCGUGACUUCCGAAGUGAUGGAGAAUCCGCUCUUUCUCGAGCUCUCCGAGCACGGCGGAGAUAAGUCGUUGAUAACUAUCGGAUGCGAGGUGGUUCUGUUUGAUCACCUUUGGUGGAUGCUCGAUAACUCCGAUCCACAUCCGAAGUUGCUGGAUGAGCUCGUCGAGUUCUACUUGUGCUAG